AUGGGAGUUGUUUGGAAUUUUGGAAUAUUCUUCUGUGCCUUUAUACUUUUCACAUUAUUUGGGAAUUGUGAAUCAAGACCGGAUCCUGGAGAAUUAACCAGGAAUGGAUUCUAUACAGAUGCCGAUGGACAUGAUUACAGUUCAGAAAAAUCAUUAUUGAUUAACGAUCCCAAAUCGGAAUUCAGAACAAAACCAUCAGUUUUAACAAAGAUCACUUUUUCUGAAAAAGGAGGGUGGAAGAGAGAAUUGUAUUCUGGGAUAAUUUAUACGAAUUUUAUGGACAGAUUAUGUCAAGUUUGUCGAUAUUAUAGAAAAUCUUUCCGCUGUAUUCUCCGAUAUUGUUAA